CCCACCUCUUGGUGGGAGGUCUGCAGUGCACGGAGCCGGAGGCGGAAGUGACGUUUUGUGUUGUGGCACUGGGACAUGGCGUCUGUUGAUUUGGGGGUAAACAAAAUGCUGGGCCUACUAACAGGAAACAAAUGGUACGCUUGGGUUUGUUUGGCUUUACUCAGCGUUAUCAGGGCCGGUAUCGCCGCGGAGGUGUCUAAAUGGAGCAUUCCUGUUACCGAGCUCAAUUCUAAUUAUACAUUCAGGAAGACUCUUUUCAAUGGCAGCACUAUUUUUUUAAAAUUUUUUGAUGGGAAGAAUACGUGUGAUCCCUCAUUGACUUUUAACAUUUCAUGGUACCUCAGGUAUUCACACUGCUACAAUGAAGUCUUCAACAUGCCAGAUGGGCAAAAUAUCGUUUACUUUGAAAAUAAUCGUGAAGUUCAUGAUGGAUGGUCGGGAAGCUAUGCACAGAAUUCUAUUGUUGUUGACAACUGCACAGAGCUCUUGAAGCCACAGUUGUACCAGCCAUCUGUAAUCCAUGUGAAGAAAUUGGAGCCCCUGAAAGAGAAUCCAAGAAACAUUCAAGAUGACAAUAAAGAUAAUGCAACAAUUGAAGCAAUUUCAUCUCCACACUCUACACCUGAGAGGACUGGCUUGUUCACAAGUUGGGAAGAUGGGCCGUAUUUAUUUAUACUUAAAAUACAGGCAUCACAUAAAGAUUCAAAGAAAGAAGAGAACAGCCAAGGCACAAAAUCUACUACAAAAAUAGCUCGACACAUGACCAAGAAAAUGGAGGAAAACUCUAAGGUCAAGUCUGUGCCAGCAGAGCAAGAUCACCUAUCACUCACAAUGGUUGUGGAAAUGAAAGGGCAAUAUGAUUUCAUUUCACCUGCAGACUGGCCACUAAUGAUGUUUUUCAUGGUGAUGUGCAUUAUGUACGUGCUGUUUGGGGCACUCUGGCUGGUCUGGUCUGCGUGCUACUGGAGGGACCUCCUACGCAUUCAAUUUUGGAUUGGAGCAGUCAUCUUUCUGGGAAUGCUGGAGAAAGCUGUCUUUUAUGCAGAGUUCCAGAGCAUCCGAUACAAGGGUCAAUCAGUGCAAGGAGCAGUGAUUUUUGCGGAAUUACUUUCUGCGCUGAAGCGUUCUCUUGCUCGUGUUCUGGUCAUCAUAGUCAGUCUUGGAUAUGGAAUUGUGAAGCCACGUCUGGGAGCCAUGCUGCACAGAGUAGUUGGUGUUGGCGUUCUCUAUCUAAUUUUCUCAGCAAUUGAAGGGAUUCUUCGAGUCACAGGAACUCCACUAACUACUCUGGCUCUGGUAGGGAACAUCAUUCUCUCGUUGAUCGAUUCCUGUGUACUGUGGUGGAUCUUCAUCAGCUUGACACAAACCAUGAAAAUGCUGAAGUUGAGAAGGAAUGUUGUGAAACUUUCUUUAUACAGGCAUUUCACAAACACGCUCAUUUUUGCUGUAAUAGCGUCAAUCUUUUUCAUUAUUUGGACAACCAAGAAGUUCCGGCUGGCAGACUGUCAAUCAGACUGGAGAGAACGGUGGAUAGAUGAUGCAUUCUGGCGAUUGCUGUUUUCCGUCAUUCUACUGGUCAUAAUGAUCUUGUGGAGACCUUCGGCAAACAAUCAAAGGUUUGCAUUUUCCCCUCUGGCAGAUGAUGAUUAUGAUGAUGAACUAAAAGAACCAAUGCUGAACGAAGCUUUUGAGGGAAUGAAGAUGAGGGGCACAAAAUCAGAGUCUAAUGGCUCUGCAAAACUUAAUAAAGUGGAUGAAGAUCUGAAAUGGGUUGAAGAGAAUGUUCCUUCUUCCAUGGCAGAUGUUGCACUUCCGGCACUUCUCGACUCCGAUGAGGAAAUUAUGACGACAAAAUUUGAGAUUUCAAAAAUGGAGUAAAAAUUACAUGAACACAAAACAUUGCACUUGUACUUGAAAUAAUAACUGUCGAGGAAAAGAUGUCUUCAGACUGCACAAAGCACCAAAACUGUACAGUAUCACAUGACUUCACUGGGAUUGGGUUGGCAGAGGUGUGUUUUAUACAUGGAUAAAGUAAAAUUCUGUUUAUUUUAAAUGACUAAAUUAUUUUGCUAGUGCUUGCCAUAAGGUGUCUAGUUUGGGUAAAAUUAUGUUCUUUGUUCCAGUAAAAUAGCUGGUCUGCUGCUAUGCCUAAGCAAAAAGUGUUACAGAGAGGUCAAAGUUGCAAGUCAACACUACCCAGCUGAUGUUAUUUCUUACUUUCCAACUCCUCUUUGCCAAAUGAAGUGAAAAAUAGGGCUACCUCUGUACUCCGUGCCAGGUUUCUCACUAACAUGCAGGCGUACACUGGAAAUGUUGUAUUACCACUAGUCCUGUGCAACUCCAGAGAAUUAUUUCCUGUUCCCAGGAUACUUCUGGUGAUAAUUUGUGUAUAAUUCCAGGAAAGAGGUCAGUUUAGUACAUUUGGAUUUGAGGAGCUGACUGCCAGUAAUGCUGGCAGAUGGACUGUGCAUUUAGCUUCAAUUGGCAGAAAAAUUAAGUCUGUAAAUCUAGUGUUGGAGAAGUUUGCUAAAACUAUCAAGGCAGCCUUGUUGUGAUUAUCUUGUUUUCAAAUCAAAUAAAAUUGUAUGGGUGAAAUUCCA